GGCGAAACUAUUUUGGCGUGUUUGUUCGUGGACAGGUCCGGUCGCAUCAGGCGCAACGCCUUUUCGCACAUCACGCUCGUUUGUCGCGGUCCUCGACUCCCCGGACGCCCUCCUCCUCCUCCGCCUUUAGUCUCAUUUCCGCUCUUUUUCUCCUCUCUUCGACCACCCCCCGCAGUCACCAUGGGUUGCGUUCAAUCGUCUGGCAUCGACGAUGAGGCCAAGGCCCGCAAUGACGAGAUUGAGAGCCAACUCAAGCGGGACAGGAUGAUGGCGAAGAAUGAGAUUAAAAUGCUGCUGUUGGGUGCUGGAGAGUCUGGCAAGUCCACGGUGCUCAAGCAGAUGAAACUCAUCCAUCACGGUGGCUACAACGAACAAGAGCGGGACUCUUACAAGGAGAUCAUCUUCUCCAACACCAUCCAGUCCAUGCGCGCUAUUCUUGAGGCCCUCCCCGUACUAAACAUCCAGCUGUCGCCUCAGAGCGACGCGCGGAGAGCGGUCGUCUUGUCGUUGCCCAUGCAGAUUGAAGGCGAGAUGCUUCCGCCAGACGUCGCGGACGCUGUUCGUGGGCUCUGGAGGGAUCCUGGUGUCAAGGAUGCAGUUCGCCGGUCACGGGAGUUCCAGCUGAACGACUCCGCUGUCUACUAUUUCAACUCCAUGGACCGCAUGUCAGCACCAGGCUAUCUCCCUACCGACCAGGAUAUCCUUCGCUCUCGUGUCAAGACAACUGGUAUCACGGAGACGACGUUCAAGGUCGGCGAGCUCACAUACAAACUCUUCGAUGUCGGUGGCCAGCGGUCAGAACGGAAAAAGUGGAUCCACUGUUUCGAGAACGUGACUGCCCUGGUGUUCCUGGUCUCGCUCAGCGAGUAUGACCAGAUGCUGUACGAGGACGAGAGCGUCAACCGCAUGCAAGAAGCUCUCACACUCUUCGACUCGAUUUGCAAUUCUAGGUGGUUCGUCAAGACCUCCAUCAUCUUGUUCUUGAACAAGAUCGACUUGUUCGCGGAGAAGCUCCCGCGGUCACCACUAGGCGACUAUUUCCCCGACUACAACGGCGGCGAUAACUAUGAUGCCGCCUGCGACUACCUGCUGCACCGCUUCGUGUCGCUCAAUCAAAGCGCGGCGACGAAACAGAUCUACGCGCACUACACAUGUGCGACAGACACACAGCAGAUCAAAUUCGUCCUGAGCGCCAUCCAGGAUAUCCUCCUGCAAAUUCAUUUGCGGGAGUGCGGUCUGCUGUAGGGGCCGCUUAGAGGCACUCACAUCGGGUCUGCCGUCGGGGUUUCUGGAAGCUUAAUUAACCUGCAUUAUCUACUGUCUUAUUGUCUCCUCUUGUCUCUGGCAUCAUCCACUGUCGUCCGCCGCGCCCGGGCUCUCCUGUCCCCUAUCACUACCACUCGGAGUCUCUGUCCGUCUCUGUCUCUCAUACGCUUGAUGUCCUUCAUGUCCAUGUCGCUCUUUUGUGGCUGUAUACGUGCGCUCGCCACUCCUGGAUCCAGGCUCUUUCAUGCUACCCUUCGCAGAGGUGUUCGUACAGAUUGUUUUUCUUACUAUUCUGUUAGCUGUAGUUAUGUCCGGUCCCGCGCGCGCGAGCGUUCGGCCGCUUACUUCGAGUCUUCAUAUAUGAACACCUUAGUCUAUAUACCUUUCCGAUAAUAUUGAUCUCGUCCCCCGGA